AUGCUCGAGCGCCUCGUGCUGGUGGCGACUAUUUGCGGAUUUUUUUCCGUGCCGUCAUCCUGUAACGCCCAAGCGACCUACAACACGACGCAAUUGGAGCGGUGGACAUCGAUAGUCAUUCAGAGAUGCAGCGAUCGUUUGGCUCGCGUUUUCGAGGGAUUCGGGCCGACGAUUUUGGAGCGACUUCAGGAGAACUAUGAAUUCCAGAUGACACACCUUCCCGACAUGGACCCCGAGCUCGCUUUGAUGGCCCGCAGCAUGACGUUGUUCGAGUUCUGGCUCUUAGCCUACGGUCAGCUGACAGUGCAGUCACGCGUGCAUUCAGAAUUGGCGUGCCACAGUGUACUCUGUGGUGAAGAGUGGAGAUCGAAUCCGGUUUAUGUGACUGUGGACGAUGGCGUUCCGUGCAUGAUGAGUGGUCGUUCUGGGAAUUGUGAAAACGGAGUUUGUACAUCGGAUCGGAGUGCGUUCCUAUAG